AUGCAGGUUCAAGAAUUGUUAACAGAAGAGUUGGAAUGCCAGUGGAUUACUACGAAGGAAGCUAUCCUUGAGGAACAACUCAAAGGCCUACUGGAAGAAAAAAAUGUGCACAGCAAACGACUGCAUCAGGGUGAAGAAUCCCAAGCUAAGAUGAAAGAAGACUUCUCAUCCAGUAUUUCAACUUUCAUUCAUGACUUUGGAUUAACAAGCAGAGGCAAGGAACACAGAUUGGCUUCAGUCAGAGAACAGAUAAAAGAGAUGGAAGUUCGGCAAACAGAGCUCCAACAAGACAUUGAUACAUAUGAUAGACAGAGAAGGAUGCUGAGAUGCAUAGAGGAUGAGAAGGAAACAACAGAGCAUAUCAUGGCCACACUUGAAACAGAGAUACGUGGUGUUGAGGAGAGUAUGGUGUCUGAAAAGAACAAAACAAAAAAGCUAGAGAAUGAGAAGGCCUUGGUAUCAGGCAAACCACAUUCUGAUCCAGAAUUUAAAAGGUUGCAGAGCCAGCUUGAGGCCUGCCGUGAGGAGUCUUUGGAAGGGUUGUGCCAAACAUUGCAGCAACAGGUUGAUCAGCUGCAGAGACAACAGUGGCAGCAGCAGCUGAGGAAACAACAUUCUUCAGGUCCUGUCAAGACACAGUCAAAAUUCAAAUGGACAGCCCAGCCUAGAGUCCCACCAGUGACAUCUCCAUCAUGGAAGACCACUCCAAGUCAGUCGUCAUCACUUAAAUGUGCUCCAAGGAAGAUUCCUAUGGUUACUGCACCAGAUAUGGACACCAAUAGAUCAGCAUCCAACUCCAGCAAACCAAACCUGGCCAAGCUUACAAGUGCCCUGAAAUGCAACGAGAAGCAGAGCUAGAAACUGUUGCAGUUAUUUGUAGCCUAAGUUGCCUGCAAAAUUCCCCAAAUGGAUGCUUUGGGACGACUAUCUUUUCUCAAGUCACCCCAAGAUCUGCAGUAUUAAAGAAAAUUCAGAAAAUCAUUUUUCUACACACAGCAGAAUAAGAAAUGCAUUUACUGCAUAAAUACUUGUUGCACGAAAAGCCUUGAAAUCAAAGAAAUAGCCCCCAAAAUACAGAAAAUGCCCCAAAUAGCCCCUAUAAAAAAAGAAUCAUUUCAUACCAUGACUAUACUUGGCAGAUAACAAUAAUGAUAACAUUUGUAGUGCGCUAUAUACAGGUGUUUCAAAUCGCAAAGGUGGGCUGACUAAUGUAAACAAUAAAAUCUAUUUUGAAAAAUGAAAAAAAUUAAUGAAGUUGUUCAAGAGGAAAU